CUCCAUCGUCCCGCCACCAAGUCAACCAGCCAGCUAUGGAGGACUUAGACGGAUCCCCGCAAUGCACAAGCUGCGGUACAUCCCCCGCACGAUACUGCGCCCGCUGCCGCUCUGCUACAUACUGCUCUCCCGAGUGCCAGCAAGUCGACUGGCGAACACACCGACUCCUAUGCCGCGCCUUCAAAGCGCUCUCAGCAGGCGCAGGCGCAGCCCGGCCCUCGCCAAUCCACCACCUCGCGAUCCACUUCCCCAUGGCCCCGCGCACGAAGAAACCGCGCCUCGUGUGGAUCGCCACCGCGGAGAUCGAGCCCGGCUACUCUAACCCAGUGCUCGACGCGCUCCUCCGCGUCCCGCGGGCUGCAGUGCGUGCGGGGGAAUGCGUGCGGGGGAGAGGGAGAAGCGCAGACACGCUGAAUCUCUGGUACGUUGACGAUGCGGGCGUGGCCAACCCGCACACGAACCAGGCGCUGCACGAAGGCCCGUUGGCGUUCGUCCGGCACGCGUGGGGCGAGAAGAUCUGGGAAGGGCCUGUGGUGGCCGCGACGAAGGCGGGCGACGCGUUCGAUGCGCGGCGCGUUACGGACGUCUCGUUGACGGCGUACCGCGAUGCGCUCGACUAUCUGGGGUACUUCCGCGACGGGGUGGGCAGCAUGGUCGACGGGGUGGGCGUGGACGCGCAUUCGAGCAGGGUUGUUCUGGCGGAGCGCAUGGGCAAGGUGAAGGGGGUGCGGAUCAAUUGCUUGGGCGAUCAGGCUGGGGACCGUGAGCGCGAGUUGGUGCAGGUGGACGUGCCGAAGGCGCAUUCGUUGUUCAAUCUCGAGGGCGACGAUCCGCUGGAGUGUCUUGGGUGGAAUCGGGCGGUCGGGAAGUAUCAGGGCAAAUGGGGUUCUGGCACUGGGGAGGACGUCCUGGGUCAGAACCCGCUGGCGAGCUUGAUACAUCUACAAGUGUGGGGGGGCGGUGAGCAGUGGGGUAGGAUUAUCGAGCGCCGGGUCAAGGACGCAUGCGGAAGCAUUUUGGUGGUUGAUCGCACUAAGCAGGACCUCACCGUGGAUGUGGUACGGGCAGUGUGUAGGAUGGUUGAGCAAGUGCUUGUGCCGCUAAUUGCACAGACUAGCCAGGAUAGUGUCUUAGAGAGAGACAGAGUAGUGGAGGCUAUAACGUUAGACAGGUUGCAGGAGUUCAUGGGAGACUAACUAACUAGGGCCGUGUAGCUAAUAGAUGGCACCGAGCGAAGCGUUAAACAUCUAACGAACGCUGGGAACUGUAGACGCGAGUCGUCUCAGUAUAGUCCAGUUUAGGGUGGUCUCGCGUCAGACCACAAAGAUUCCAUCGCGGGUCAUGCCCCCCCUUAGCCCCCCAAGCCGUGUAGGUAGAAGUACAAUGACCUUGGAGCUACCUUCCAUGUCGUAGUAUAGUAGAUAUAUACUUCCGCACUUGUUCUAUACCAAUCCAGCCGCUUGCCUAUAGAUCGCACCCAGUUCCAUCGUCUUCACUCCCCACCUCCCAUCCGCGCCCCGCGCCAUCGUCUUCAACACCAAACCCUCAUCCGCCGUCCUCCACAGCGCACGCACCCUAUCCGGGCCUUGCAUCCCCAACGCCACGUGCUCAUGCCGCAGAUGCAAGCUCUUCCUCUCAGCCGAGAAAUCGGCCAGCUUCUCCAUCGUUCCCGUGCGCACGUCGA